AUGGACACAGACAUAGGCAUGCACCAAAACCAACACAACAACCAACACAACAACCAACAGUUCAAAACCCUGCACAACAACAACCACAACCAACAGUUCAAAACCCUGCACAACAACAACAACCACAAACAGAGCAAGGACAUAAAAGAAGUAGAGAACAAGGAAACCAAGAAUUCUUAA